AUAUCGUGUUUCCUGAACGGCAUUCUGGUUUUGUUCUCCGUCAAGGGCAGAAACAGAGCAAAGACGAAAUGCAUCGUCUCGUUUUUGGGCAUUCUUUCGCCGAGCUCGUGGCGCAGAUCCUUCUCCUCGGGCUCGCGUUCUAUUUUCUCAAUAAGAAGAAAGCUAGCGUGCAUGGAAAUCCGGAAGAUGCUGAUUCUGGUAGAUCUGGUUCGGUGAUUGUGCCGACCGGAGCUAAUUCCGGUGGAUCUAGUUCGUCUCCGACAGAGACUGUUAACGGUUCGUCUAGUUCGUCGACUGCGACGACGACUGGAAACAGCUAUGAUGUUUUCUUGAGCUUUAGAGGCCCAGAUACUCGAAAUGGCUUCGCCGGUCACCUCUACAAUAGGCUCCGCUUUGCCAAGACUUACCCUUUCAGAGACGAUGUGGAGCUCCGCCAGGGCGAGAAGAUCCGCCCAGAUCUUUUGGCAGCCAUCAAGAACAGUAAGAUCUUGAUCCCCAUUCUCUCCGAGAAUUAUGGUACGACUUGCUGGUGCCUGGAUGAACUGGUUCAAAUAAUGGAGUGCAAGAAGAAUGACCCGGAGACUGUAGUGUUGCCUAUAUUCUACAAAGUGGCACCUGCCGACGUGCGACGUCAAACCGGCAAGUUUGGAGAGGCGUUUCGUGAUCGUAAGACGCGUUUGCGAGAGAGGAAUUUCGACCCAACGAUUUUGAAGAAAUGGGAGGAUGCACUCAAAGAAGUCGGUGGCUUGAGAGGACGGGAAGUCAAUGGGUCUGAAGCAGCAGUGAUAGAUUCGGUUGUCGACCAAGUGUUACUCGAGCUGAAGAAAAAGUUUGAGUUGGAUAUUCCUGAGGAUUUGAUCGGAAUUGACAGUCAUGUGAAGAAGCUUAUGGAAGUCAUAAAUAAUAAUUCUGGUGCCAUCCUAUUUGUUGUCAUCCACGGAAUGGGAGGCAUUGGUAAGACUACUCUUGCUAAAAAGAUCUACAAUGAGCUCUCCAAUCGAUUUAAGUAUUGUUGCUUCAUUCCUGAUGUGAGGGAAUCGUGUAAGCGUAAUGGUAUUGAGCACUUGCAGAAUAAAUUGAUCUCUGUUACAUUGGAGCGGGAUCAUAAAGUUUCUACUAGGGAUGAAGGGAUUAGGUUCCUCUCAUCCAACAUUAAAGAUAAGAAAGUUCUCAUCCUUCUUGAUGAUGUGGAUAAGGAUGAUGACUUGAAGGCUUUGGCUGGAAAACGGUGUUGGUUUUCUUCGGAAAGUAUCAUCAUUAUUACCACCCGAAACAUGGGUAUUAUUGACGAAGCCGGGAGGGACUACCCAUAUGAGCUUGAGAGAAUGGAUAGGGAUAACUCUACAAUUCUAUUUAGUAGACAUGCAUUCCUAAUGGACUCUCCUCCAAGUGAACUUAAGGAACUCACCGAUAAAGUUGUGUCCACCACCGGAGGGCUUCCUUUAGCUCUCAAGGUCUUAGGUUCACUUUUGCAUGGAGCCCAGAGAAAUAGAUGGACACGCAUGAUAAAGAAGUUACAGAAAAUCCCUGAUGAGGAAGUGCAAGGAAAGCUAAAGAUAAGUUACGAUGCACUAUCGUUUGGGCAAAAGCAAAUCUUUUUAGACAUUGCUUGUUUUUUCAUUGGCACUGAUGAGAGAGUUGCAUCCUACAUGUGGGACGCAUGUAACUUUUUCGCUGCGGAAAUUGAAGUUUUGAGACUUCGGUCAUUAAUAAAAGUUGGAUAUAAUCAUGAUCUCAUAAUGCAUGACCAAUUAAGAGAUCUUGGUAGGUGGAUCGUUCGUGAGGGGAACGAGAAUGCACCGCAAUACUGUAGCAGGUUAUGGAACUCCAAGGAAGCUUGGAAAGUGCUAAAGGAAAAAGAGGGAACAAGUAAGAUUGAGGCCAUUUCUCUUAGCGAAGAUAGCUCAAAAUACCGCGACGUAGCUACUCAUCAAGGUGACAUUAUCCUCACGGGCAAACAAUUCAAGAAGUUAACGAAUCUAAGGUUUCUUGAUGCAACGGGAGCACAUUUUAGUGGAGAUUUUAAGAACACAACUAAGAAGUUAAAAUGGCUUCGAUGGCAGAAUUGCCCCUCGACUUUUGAAGCAAACAAUUUUCAUGCAAAGGAAUUAGUUGUACUCGAUUUGUCCAGAAGCAAUUUAUCAGAUGGAUGGCAAGGAUGGAGUUCCAUCAAGAUGGCAGAGAAGCUACAGUAUCUCGACCUUAAAAAUUGUAGAUCUUUAGAAAAAACUUUCUUCCUCUCGGCUUUUAAGAAUUUAGAGGUUCUGAUCCUCGCAUUUUGUGUGGGAAUAGAGCAAAUUGACUCAUCGAUUGGAAACAUGAAGAGUCUGCAACACUUGGACUUGACGAGGUGUAUGAGCCUCAAAGGGUUGCCUGCAGAAGUUGGUAAAUUAGAAGCACUGGAGCAACUCAUUCUAAGACAUUGUGAUCACCUUUCUUCACUGCCAGACAGCAUAGGGGCUUUGCAGAAUCUAGAAAUUCUGGAUAUUAGUCACACUGGGAUAAAAGAAUUACCCGAUGGCAUUGGAAGGCUGAGAAAGCUCCGAGAUUUACGUGCUUCAUGUUGCAGUCAGCUGGGAGGGGUAAUUCCAAAAGGCAUCUGUAAUAUUUCUUCCCUGCAACGUCUUAAUUUUGGUAGUUGCGGGAACCUCCAAUCGCUGCCGGUGCUUCCUUCCAGCCUAACAUUUUUGCACGUCACCUGUCGAAGUCGCAGAUUGUCUUCACUUUCCAACCUGACCCAUCUCAAGGAGGUACGAAUUCAUCUUUGCGAAUUUCUAGAGUGCAUCUGGGAGCAACCAUCAACACAACUAGAAAUCUUGGCAAUUUCCAGCUGCAAUCUCAUGAAAACACUGGACGUUUUACAAUUUAACCACCUGAGGACAUUAAGUGUCCGAUACUGCAAAAAUAUACUUGAAAUUCGAGGUCUUGACGAAUUGCUUUAUUUGGAAAGCUUCGAAAUCACUGGUUGUCCUUCAAUUAAAAGGCUUGACCUUCCAAAAUCUAAGAGUCUAAAGAAAUUAAUAGUUGAAUAUUGCAAAAACUUGGUUGAAAUUCAAGGCCUCGAUACGUUGGAGUCCUUGGAAGAGAUAGAUAUCUCUGAGUGCGCUUCAAUUGAGAGGCUGGACCUUUCAAAAUCCAAGGGUCUGAUGAUAUUCCAUGCUAUAGACUGCGAAAGGUUGGUUGAAAUUCAAGGCCUCAAUACAUUGGAGUCCUUGAAAGAGAUAGAUAUCUGUGAGUGCACUUCAAUUGAGAGGCUGAACCUUUCAAAAUCCAAUGGUCUGAAGAUAUUCAAAGCUAUAUAUUGCAAAAGCUUGGUUGAAAUUCAAGGCCUCGAUACAUUGGAGUCCUUGGAAGAGAUAGAUAUCUCUGAGUGCGUUUCAAUUGAGAGGCUGAACCUUCCAAAAUCUAAGGUUUUGAAGAAGUUGUUUGUUGGAUCUUGCGAAAAAUUAUCAGAAAUUCAAGGCCUCGAUGGGUUGGAGUUCUUGAAAGUGCUAAAUCUGUCUGGGUGCACUUCCUUUGGAAGGUUACCAAAUAUAUGUUGUUUUGAUACCUUGCAGAAGUUGGCAAUCAACUGUUGUGACAACCUUCAUGAUAUUCAGGGCCUAGUGAGAUUCCCAUCCUGCACAAGUUUAUGGAUUGAGGAUUGCAAUUCCUUAGCAAACUUCCCAAACUUGUCAAAUUUUCGUAAUUUGAAGAAAUUGUACCUAUCAAAUUGCCAUGGAUUUCGGGAGAUCCCGUGGCUUGUGGAGUCAACGUCUCUAUUUUAUAUUGCCAUCUCAGGAUUUUCCUCGGUCGAGAUCUUUCCUGAUUUGUCAUCAUGUACCAACUUGUCCACUCUGGUUGUGCGAAAUUGUGAGAAACUAACUGAGCUUCAGGGGCUUGAGAAAUUGGAGCACCUAAGGAUAUUGGACAUUUCUGGCUGCAAGUCACUUAAGACAAUACCAGAGUUACCUGGAAUUCUGCUUUAUCAAAAUUAUAAACAAAAGCCAUUUGACUUAUAUCGAUUGAUGAGAGAAUUUGGAGAAGACGACAGUGUUGAGUCAGAAUGUUGA